AUGAGACCUGGACCACGUCAGCAGCACUCCACCAAGCUAGUAGUUUCUGGCUCUCAAGGACCAAUCCCUCCAGCCUCCCCUCCUGCCUACCCUCCUGCCUCCCCUCCUGCCUACCCUCCUGCCUCCCAUCCUGCCUAUCCUCCUCUCCUGCCUCCCCUCCUGCCUCCCCUCCUGCCUCCCCUCCUGCCUCCCCUCCUGCCUCCCCUCCUGCCCCCCUCCUGCCUCCCCUCCUGCCUCCCCUCCUGCCUCCCCUCCUGCCUCCCCUCCUGCCUCCCCUCCUGCCUCCCCUCCUGCCUCCCCUCCUGCCUCCCCUCCUGCCUCCCCUCCUGCCUCCCCUCCUGCCUCCCCUCCUGCCUCCCCUCCUGCCUCCCCUCCUGCCUCCCCUCCUGCCUCCCCUCCUGCCUCCCCUCCUUCCUCUCCCCACGUCUUCCCCUCCUACCAGUGUCCGGCACUAGCCGAUUCACAACCACGGAUGAGGGGCACUACCAGUGCCCCUCUCAACGGAACCUGCCUCUCUUCCUGUGUCUUCCCCUCCUGCCCCUCUUCCCCUCCUGCCCCUCUUCCCCUCCUGCCCCUCUUCCCCUCCUGCCCCUCUUCCCCUCCUGCCCCUCUUCCCCUCCUGCCCCUCUUCCCCUCCUGCCCCUCUUCCCCUCCUGCCCCUCUUCCCCUCCUGCCCCUCUUCCCCUCCUGCCCCUCUUCCCCUCCUGCCCCUCUUCCCCUCCUGCCCCUCUUCCCCUCCUGCCCCUCUUCCCCUCCUGCCCCUCUUCCCCUCCUGCCCCUCUUCCCCUCCUGCCCCUCUUCCCCUCCUGCCCCUCUUCCCCUCCUGCCCCUCUUCCCCUCCUGCCCCUCUUCCCCUCCUGUCCCUAUUCCCCUCCUUUCCACCUGCCAGUGACAGGCAGCCGAUUCACAACAACGGACGAGACCUGGUCCACGCUACCACUCCGCCGGUUCACCUACCGCGAGCUACAGCAGGCCACGCAGUGGUUCGGCCCGAGCCAGAUCCUGGGCCGCGGCAGCUUCGGCACGGUGUACCGAGGCUCGGUGGAGGAGUGGCUCGGCGAGGAAGAUGACAGGAAGGUUCCAGGGGAGGAGAGAGGAGGAGGAGGGAAAGCGCAGAGGAACGAGGAAGAAAGAGCAGGGAGAGCAGGAAGAGCAGGAAGAGCGGGUGGUGGUGCUUCAGGUGGUGGUGGUGGUGGAGGUGGGACGCCACGUCAGCGUGACGUGGCAGUGAAGGUGCUACACAGCGGCAGUUUCAAGGCCGUAGAUGAGUGUAUGUCAGAGAUUAUAAUGCUUGGAAGUUUAAACCACCCUAAUCUGGUGCGGCUGCUAGGGUACUGUGUGGACUUGAAUCGGCCCCGGGGGGGUGCUGCUGCAUUGCUGGUGUAUGAGCUUAUAGAGAGGGGGAAUCUGCACACGUGGCUGUAUCCACGUCAGCAGGAGGAGCAGCAGGAGGGGGAGGAGGAGGAGAGGAAGCGGAGUUGGGGGGGUAUGAGUGAGGCUGCUACAGAUAACGCUGCUGCUAUAGAUGAUGCUGCUAUACGGGAUGCUGCUGCUACAGCUGCUGCAGCGGCUAGGGGUGUGUCUGGUGCUGCUGCCAGUGCCGUUGAUCCCGCCACGCCUGUGCUGACGUGGCAGCAGCGCGUGCGCAUAGCUGUGGACGUGGCAAGAGGGCUGGAGUACCUGCACGGGCAGAACGUGAUUCACAGGGACUUCAAGACGUGCAACAUUUUACUGGAUGAGCACAUGCGUGCAAAGCUGACGGAUUUCGGGAUGGCAACUGCAGGGCCCGAGGCGGGAAAGUCGCACGUGUCUACGCGCAUCAUGGGGACAAUGGGGUACUUGGACCCUGCGUAUAUAGACACAGGCCACCUCACCGCGCGCAGUGACAUCUACUCGCUGGGGGUGGUGCUUUUGGAGCUGGCAACAGGCAGUGACGUCUACUCGCUGGGGGUGGUGCUGCUGGAGCUGGCAACAGGCAGGUCGCCGGGUGCUGCUGCUCGCAACACCCACCACACUGAAGAGCACUGA